GUGAUGAAAGAAAUGGAUCUUGUAAAACCUGUGACGUGAUCUAGUUUUAUAGGUUUACUUCCAUUGGUAUCGAAUUGUGUUCGAUCGUAUUAUCGUUGAUAAUGUCGGGAUUUGAGCAAAAUUUUCAGGUUCUACAUUCUGAAGAGCUUGGACGAUUCGUAGUUGCCAAGCGCGAUAUUCCUAGCGGAGAGCAGAUCUUACUGGAAAACCCGUAUGUCACUGGACCGUAUUAUGAUGCUGAUAUUAGCUGUUUGAACUGUUUCAAGGAAUCGUGUUGUACAUGCAGCAAAUGUGGAAAGGCUCCACUCUGCUACGAUUGUCAUGGUCAUGAUGACGUGGAGUGCGAUUUCUAUCGAAAAUCGAACUUAGACAAAAAUUUCAUCUACAAUCACUUCAGCGUGAUCACCCCGGUGCGAUGUCUGCUGUUGUAUCGAAUUGACCAGGACCGGUACAAUGAGAUGAUGCGUAUGGAAGCAUAUUUGGAGGAACGUCGCGGAACGGAGAUUUGGGAUGUUCAUGAGAAAUGCGUUGUAAAACCUCUUCUAGAAAAUGGGAUUUUCGAAAAUUUUGGAGAUCUUGAAGUUACAGGAGAGUUGAUUCAACGGAUCUGUGGCAUCCUUGACAUGAACACUUUCGAGCUCCGUGGCAAUGAUGACAGCCCAGGAAUGCAGUUGCAUAACCUGGCUCGGGGGUUAUUUCCUAAAACCGCGCUUAUGACGCACAGCUGUAUUCCCAAUACACUGCUGUCGAUUGAUGGAUCUUCUAAUGUUCGAGUGUACACGACCGUUCCAGUAAAAAUGGGCGAAAUUCUUCACAACAGCUACACUAGAAGUUUACUUGGAACAUACGAUCGGCAAAUACAACUUAGAGAAGGGAGGCACUUUACGUGUUAUUGCAAGCGAUGCAGAGAUCCAACGGAACUGGGAACACAUUUGAGUUCCAUACGAUGUACGGAAUGUGCUGAUGGACUGUGCUCCUUCUACCCGGACAACCCCAGGUGGGAAUGCAACAAAUGCCGGCAGUUCUUGAAACGAGAGUAUGUCAAUGAAAUUUUAUGUGCCGCUCGAAGUGAAAUAAUUGAUUGCUCUCCCGAAAUCCGAGACCUGGAGAAAGUAAUCAGCAAACAUUCGCGAACUCUGAAUCCGUGUCACGCACUGGUACUGGAGGCAAAGCAAACUCUGGUCGGUGAGCUGCGUAACAUUUACAUGUCACUGGAUCCGGCUAAUGUACCAAAGCAGGUGUUGAAGCGAAAAUUUGAGCUAUGUGACGAGAUUCUUCGUAUAGUACGGAUUCUGGAGCCCGGGGUUUCCAGACUAGCGGGAAUCGCAAUGUAUGAGUACCACGUAGCUCUAGUGCAGCUGUCACGAAGAAAUUUCGACACAACGGAAAUCAAAUCACACGAAUUACUGGACAACCUAAUCAAAGCAGAGAUCGAACUGAAACAGGCAAUCAGUAUGCUGUUGUUUGAAGAUGCAUCGACUCCAGAGGGUCAACUCGCAAAGCGAGCCAUGCGAGAACUAAAAGCUCUACGCGAGGAAAUUGCAGAGGUUCGUGCAAUGAUUGAGGAUGAAAAUUUGGACAUGCAGGAUCAGUAUCGUAAUCGGAGCAAUGUUAAUGCAAACAACAAUUAUAAUAAGAAAAAAAAGUAUACUAAACGACGCUAGUAGCUUCACGAACCAAUUAUGUAGAUAAGGUAAUGUAGAACUUUUAAUUACUUAUUAGAAUUGUACAAUAAUGUUUCUUUUUCUUAUUGAUUGACUCGGCAUUAUUUUUUAAUUUGAGCAUGUCUACCAAUAAACGAUACAAUACCAGCCCCUUA